GCGCAAGUUCCUCCCGUAUUCAAGCCUCAGGCCUCCCAGCCAUUUUCGAACGUGUGCCAACGCACAAAUCUCAUUGAAGCUGACCGCCGCUUAUCCCCACUCACACGAGGCAAAGGCUGGUUCCGUGAUGUUCGGUUACGCCGAUCUGGAGAAGCUUACAUGCGAAGUAGCAAGCUCUAUCAGAAGGCCACGUCCAGACAAGCGGCCGGGACAGGGAAUGGCUUUGAGAAGCCAACGCUGCAUGAGCUGGCCGCAUACGAGGAGGAGCUACAGGCCCACCUCGAAGGGCUUCGGAAGAAGCUUGGCAGUGUGCCCAUGAACGAGAGACGUGAGAUCAGCCUCAGGUCUGCGGGUCCCGGCCAGGUCAUUGGAGCCAGGCUCAAGGGCCUCAAGAAGAGGGCCACUGAGCUUGAGAAGAAGCCACGCUCGGUGAUCAAAGGAACUCUGCGGUCAAGCCUGCUAGCUUGGCUGUGA